ACCCGGGCAGCGGGAGGUGAACCUCCGUCCGGAAGUCGGGGGUUCGCGGCCAUGACUGUGCCCGCCCGCGGCUUCUCGCUGCUCCGCAGUCGUCUGGGCCGAGUCCCGGGGCUGGGAGGGAGCGCGGUGGCUCCGGCAGGGGCGCCGGGAGCGGCCGGGCGCACGUUCCGGGGCUUUCGGAGCAGCGGCGUGAGACACGAUGCCAUUAUUAUCUCAGGAACUGAAAUGGCCAAACAAAUCCAGAAAGAAAUACGGCAGGGUGUGGAGUCCUGGAUUUCCCUUGGGAACAGAAGACCUCACCUCAGUAUCAUUUUAGUGGGUGAUAACCCAGCAAGCCAUACCUAUGUCAGGAAGAAGGUCAGAGCUGCCUCUGCUGUAGGUAUCUGUAGUGAAAUCAUUCUAAAACCCAAGGAUGUCUCUCAGGAAGAACUUUUGGAUAUAACUGAUCAGCUGAACAUGGACCCAAGAGUCAGUGGCAUCUUAGUUCAGUUGCCACUGCCAGACCACGUGGAUGAGAGAACAGUAUGCAAUGGAAUUGCCCCUGAAAAAGAUGUGGAUGGAUUUCAUAUUAUCAAUAUUGGAAGACUUUGCCUUGAUCAGCAUUCUCUCAUACCUGCCACUGCCAGUGCUGUUUGGGAAAUAAUCAAAAGAACAGGAAUUGAAACAUUUGGGAAAAAUGUGGUUGUGGCUGGAAGAUCCAAGAAUGUAGGGAUGCCCAUUGCCAUGCUUUUACACACCGAUGGAGAACACGAGCGGCCGGGAGGUGAUGCAACUGUGACAAUAGCUCACAGAUAUACCCCCAAAGAACAACUGAAGAUCCACACUCAGUUGGCAGAUAUUAUCAUAGUUGCUGCAGGUAUUCCAAAGCUGAUCACAGCUGAUAUGAUUAAAGAAGGGGCUGCUGUGAUUGACGUGGGUGUCAACUAUGUCCACGACCCAGUGACAGAGAAAACAAAAUUAGUCGGAGAUGUGGACUUUGAAGCUGUCAAGAAGAAGGCUGGCUUUCUCACUCCAGUUCCAGGAGGUGUGGGACCCAUGACAGUGGCGAUGCUUCUGAAGAACACCCUCCUGGCAGCUAAGAAAGUCAUUUACUAGGUCACACGAAGGGACGAA